AUGCCGAGUUAUCGGAAGAUGUGGAAGGCUAGACACGAUGCAGUUGUUAAGAUAUUUGGUGGUUGGGAGGAAUCUUUUACAAGAUUGCGUCAAUUCAUGCUUGCGUUGUGCAAACACAACCCCGAUUCUUCGUUCUUGAUUGAAGAUGACCCUCUGUUUGUUAAUAAUAAAUUAAAACCUGAGAAUCGGGUUUUCGAUAGGAUAUUUUGGGCAUUCAAACAAACAAUUGAAGGUUUCAAGCACUGUCGGCUAGUUAUUUUUAUAGACUCCACAUUUUUAUAUGGAAACUACAAAGGGUGUUUAUUUUGUGCUACGGGACUGGACGGCAAUAAACAUAUUUUUCCUAUUGCAUGGGCAAUAGUUGAUUGUGAAAAUACAAGGAACUGGGAUUGGUUCAUGUCUUGUUUACGGGUGUUUGUGACUGAUCAAUCUGAUAUUUGUGUUAUAUCAGACAGACAUAUUGCCAUUAAAAAAGCAAUGCAGCAAGAUUGGUGGCAGCCUCCUAAUGGACAUCAUCGAUACUGCUUAAGACAUGUACUGAGCAAUUAUAACACGAAGUUUAAAAAUCCUGACAUGAAAGAAGCUCUCCGAAAGGCAGCUCACCAAAUUCAGAAAAAGAAAUUUUAUGAUGCCAUGGACACAAUCAAGAGCGAGCAUCCAGAUACAUUUGAAUGGGCCAGAAAUAUACCAUUGGAGAAAUGGACACAUUCUCAUGAUGGAGGAAAAAGGUAUGGCUCCAUGACAACCAAUACCGUUGAGUCAGUUAAUGGAAUGCUUAAGGGGAUUCGUGCACUACCAAUAACUACAAUGGUAGAGAAAAUAUUUUUUCAAUGUGUCCAAUAUUUUGACACACGCCGCACGACCUUCCGCGAACAAUUGCAGUUGGGCUUCAACUUAACACCGGCAUGUCGUCAAAUUAUGAAUGAAAAUUUGAAUGAAGCAAACUCACUUAAUGUUCGAUUAUUUAAUCGCGAUUGUGGUGAAUUUGAAGUUUGGAAAGAUAGAACUGGGGACAACCACAUCGUCAAACUUUAUGAGAGGACAUGCACAUGCGAGAAGUUUCAAGAGAUACGUAUUCCAUGUUCUCAUGUCAUAGCAGCAUGCCAAUCAAUGUCAAUUAAUUAUGAGCAAUACGUUUCAAAUUAUUAUACAUUGGAACGAACGCUUAAGUGCUAUGAGUGGCAGUUUCAUGCACUUGGACAUCAUGAUGAUUGGCCAACAGAUAAUGAUCCAAUCCUUGUAUCUGACCCAAAUCGGAAAAGGUCUAAAGGAAGACCAACUUCUUUAAGGAAGAUGAAUGAAAUGGAUUGGAUGGUGAUUCAAAAGAGAGGGGAUCCGUCUAAAAUCCAUUGA